AUGCAUUUGAAAGGUCUAAGAUCCAAGGUGAAUAAGACAGGAGAGAUCGCAACUGUCAGGUCAAGAGACAAUGAGGGUAUAAUUGAGGAAAUUGAGUCAAAGGCAUGGGUCAGUAAAAUACGUGCUUUGUUGACUGAUUCAAGCUCUGGCCAUACUAUUAUUCCCAGAGGAAAUGGAUCUUAUUCUGUUGGUUGUACAGACUUGAUGUCUGAUUACACUACCAAGGGCAGCUUCUUGCGUCUGUAUUAUCCAUCCCAAGAUGAUAAUGGCUACAAUGACACUACUUGGAUCCCAGACAAAGAGUAUUUUUUUGGUCUUAGUAAAUUCCUUGGAAAAAAAGAUUUUAUGGCCAAAUUUUUGAAGUUACUGUUUGAGUCAGUGAAAACUCCAGCAAAAUGGAACUCUCCUCUGAAGACUAGUGAAAAGUAUCCACUAAUUGUUUUUUCUCAUGGUCUUGGAGCGUUCAGGACACUUUAUUCUGCGAUUGGCAAUGACCUGGCAUCUCAUGGCUUUAUUGUUGCUGCUGUAGAACACAGAGAUGGAUCUGCGUCUGCAACGUACUAUUUCAAGAACCAGUCAGCUGCAAACCAAGGGAAGCAGUCUUGGCUCUACUAUAAAGCCAUAAAACAAGAUGAGAUGGCAGCUCAACUGAAUAAACAGGUACGGCAAAGAGCAAAAGAGUGUUCCCAAGCUCUCAGUUUGAUUCUUGACAUUGAUCAUGGAAAACCAGUGGAAAAUGCAUUAAAUUUAAAGUUUGAUGUGAAACAAUUGAAGGACUCUGUCGAUAGGGAUAAAGUAGCAAUUAUUGGACAUUCCUUUGGAGGAGCAACCGUUAUUCAGGCUCUUAGUGAAGACCAGAGAUUCAGAUGUGGCAUUGCCUUGGAUGCAUGGAUGGAACCACUGGGUGAUGAAGUCUAUUCCAGAAUUCCUCAGCCCCUUUUUUUAAUCAACUCUGAGAAAUUCCAAUUUCCUUAUAAUAUAAGAAAAAUGAAAAAGUUAUACUUACCUGGUAGAGAAAGAAAAAUGAUUACUAUCAGGGGUGCAGUCCAUCACAAUUUUGAUGACUUCACUUUUGCAACUAACAAAGUAAUUGGAAAAGUAUUGACAUUAAAAGGAGAUAUUGAUUCAAAUGUAGCUAUUUCUCUUAGCAACAAAGCUUCAUUAGCAUUCUUACAGAAGCAUUUAGGACUUCAGAAAGAUUUUGAUCAGUGGGACUCUUUAAUUGAAGGGGAAGAUGAACAUCUGAUUCCAGGGACCAAUGUUAAUACAACCAACUUUAACAGCGUCACUCCACGGAAUUCUACAGGAACAGGGAAGUAG